AUGUCACCAGUGAAAAACUCCUCCCUACUUUGCCAGGCGGUCGGAGGUCUCUUUAUAAGCGAUCGCUUCUCUGAUGUGACUAUUGUCUGCCGGGAUGUGACUUUCAAAGCCCACCGUGCCAUUAUCUGCACACAGUCUCAUUUCUUUGACGCUACCCUUAAACACGGCUCUCUGGAGUCCAUCAGCGGGACCAUCUAUCUACCUGACGACGACCCGGAGACGAUCAAACGAGUCCUCUGCUUUCUCUACCGGCGGACUUACAACGCCAAUGACCAAGACGUGGACCCAAAGCACAAGACAUCAGGUGACUCUGGCAUUGUAACAAUCGAGCUUGAUAGCCGAAAGGCCACUGCUUACAACAACCUCUAUGUCUACCUUGCGGCAGAUAAAUUUGGCAUCUUGCCACUCAAGCAGAUUGCUUUGCGCAAGCUUGCUACAUGGAUCAGAGACUACUACAUGACAUCCUCUUUUCCUGAAAUCGCUCUUCAAAUCAUGAAAUCAAUGCCCCCCUAUGAAACCAGUCUUCUCGAUAUUCUCGUGAAAGUCGUUUCCGAAAACCUCUAUGAUCUUGUCGCCAAGAACGAUAUCCUUGAGCUCCUGCGAGAGUGUGGUCAAAUUGGAUCUCUGAUCAUUGCAAGAAUGGUGGAAAAAGGCACGAUUGUCUAUGAAUACGCCCAUUGUAGAGAAUGUGGGGUAUUCUUUAACAUGAGCAUGGGGGACUCGGGUAUUGACCGUUGUGACAAUUGUGAGGCUCGGCAUGAAAGCUGA